ACUACCGAUACAAUAGAACGGAAUAAAAGGUAGUUUCAUCCGUUGCAGUAGGUACUCUUAAGUGGUGCGAGCAAAUCUGUAAUCAUCUGAUUUUUUACGAAGGUUAACUUAAAUCGUUGUAUACCGUUUUGUUCGAGAUAUAUUCACUGACUUAAAGUCGGUGAGAUUUAUCAGCACAAGACAACGGGAGACGAAAAAAGUGCCUAAUUGUCUACACCCCGGAAUCGCUGCUACGGUUCGACCUAGCGAACGUUAGCUAGCAUUAGCAGCGCAUACCGGGGCCCGAGUCAGUGAAUUUCCCAGACGACAGGAAAUUUAAGGUUUUCUAGACACUUUUCAGCGUAAUGGCUUGCGGGGCUACUCUAAAAAGGACUCUUGACUUCGAUCCACUUAUGAGCCCGGCUUCUCCUAAAAGGAGGAGGUGCGCCGCGAUCAUGUCUCCGGUCUCUUCACCACAGAAGUAUCUACGUAUGGAACCCUCACCGUUCGGGGAAGUGUCGUCGAGACUCACUACAGAGCAAAUUCUACACAACAUCAAACAAGAGUACAAGCGGCUGCAGAAGCGGCGACACCUGGACAGUGCUUUCCAGCAGGCGGAUGGCUGCUGUCCUCUGGACCUGCAGAACAUUCACAGUGGAUCUGCCCUACCAGGUACAUCCUCAGGUGCCUCAUCUCCCACCAGGAAAGAGCAGCCUUUAUUUUCCCUCAGACAGGUUGGAAUGAUCUGUGAAAGACUACUGAAAGAGCGAGAGGACAAAAUCCGUGAGGAGUACGACGAGAUACUGACGACAAAGCUUGCAGAGCAAUAUGACGCGUUCGUCAAGUUCACACAUGACCAACUGAUGCGAAGGUUUGGAGAACAGCCUGCUAGCUAUGUUUCCUGAGUGUCAGCUUCAGAUAUGGGGGAAUACCAUUUGCUGCAAGCUACUCCAGGGACUGAGUGGGUGUAGGUGGGCUUUUCUUCUAGCUGUGCCAUAUCGCCUCUAUGUGGACUUGCUGCCUCAGGCAUCAGUUAGUGGCAUCCACGUUUGCUGUGUCUACCAGAGUUAGGAGGGCUUCCUGCUGCCAACAUGUCCAAGGACUUUCUGUGACUCUACCAGUGGCCUCUUUACUGCCGUGUCAAUAUUUAUUUGGCUUUGUUCUGAUGCCUUCAUAAAAGGCUGACUGCCACCACAGACUUGGCCUUUUGAUUUUUAUUAUAUUUUUCUGUCAGAUUUAGUUAUUUCACAGAGGGGAUGUUAGUUAUGCAGCUUUUUUCUAUGUACAUUUUGAAAAAGGGAUUGGACAUUGGGGAGUGGGCAAAUAAAGGCCACCUCCAGACUGGACUCCAGAAACAGGCAUCUUGGUUUUUUUUUUUUUUGUUUUUUUUUUUAUAUAUAUAUUUUAAACUUUACUGCUGAUUACUGCUAUUACAUGUGUAUACACUGUACUUUUUUAUUUUUUUGCUUGACUUUUGUUUAUUGUACCAAAAUUUCAUGGUUUUAUUUGCUGUAGAUAUAACAGGGCUUUGAUUCAAGAAAAGUGAACAAAUAAAGUGUUUACACAAAUGUCUGUUUGCCAGGGUUUUUCAAUCUGAGACGACCGUUUGAGUCGCCACAGUUGACACCAUCUUUUGAAGUGUUCACACGAAUCGUAAAUGUUUUGUUUACAGUUCUGAACAUAUGUAAGUGAGACCCAUGCUGCCAGUCCAGUGCUAUAAAGUUCGGUGAAAUUUUAAUUUAAUUUGAUUUGUGGUGCUCAAAACAUGAAGUUGAAACUUAAAUGACUUAACAGCAAAGUUUCAUGCCAGAAAUUCUCCUCACUGUUUGGCAUAAAACCCUGACCUUUGUGUUACAAUUAUUAUUGGGCCUAUUUCAUUAUUUUAUUUUGUCACAAUAAUAAACUC